ACGCUAGCGUCGUAGAUCUGAGAGUUGGAAGCAACGCUGCUAUGACGCCAAACCAUGGAUUAAGUAUAAAAGCCUUGGUCGUUUAUUGAUUAAAAACCGGUUGUCUUAUAGUCAGCACUAUAUGUUCAUCUAAAAGAUGCCUCACACUUCAGAAGAUGCUCGCAAGACAUUUGUCCUAACCACAGCUGGAAACUUCUAUGGAGUUAAGCCUUUGUCAUCCCUAUAUGACAGCCCAGAGCUGAAUAACUUUUUGGAUGAUGGAAAUGAGUUUGUCCUGUCUAUCCGCACACAUGGGAAUGAUCUCCAUCUUUCAAAUAAGAUUGUAGAAGUGGGCGUCAGUAAAGAGAAGGUGUUGGUUUUCUUUAAGCUGCAUCCCACAGUCAUCACAGAGGAUAACCUUCACCAAAGCCUUCUUGUUUCAUCCAUGCUGGAAUCCCCCAUAAACACCCUCUAUCAGGCUGUCAAACAGGUUUUUGCACCAGUACUGCUUCAGGAUGAUCACUGGCGUUCAGCAUUUGACCCUAAGUUGGCAACCCUUCUCAGUGAGCUGGAACUGGGCCUGGGCUCUGUGGUUCGCCAGUCUGGAGGCAAAUCCUCUUCAAUAAAAAACUGUGUGGAAGAAGAUGUCUUGGGUAUCCUGACUCCCAGUGAUGAGUUCCAGUACUGGGCAGAGCUCUCUGAGUCUGCAGAGAAGAGCAGUGAGAGAGAAAGGGCAACGUAUUUCACUGAGCAGUUCAAGCUCAUUCAAAAGGAAUAUGGUGGUCUGGACAGCUUGUCCAUGUCAGAUGUUUCGGAUCUGGUGGAACAAAGCAGAGACAUUCUCGAUGAUGUGUGGAGGCAGACUGAUUUCGAACCUUACCCCGAAAGUCGCAUGGUCAGACUGAUGGAUGUCAUAGGUGGAGCCUUGGGAAGAUAUGUUCAGAGGAAGCUGAGCGGUGUUAUGAUUUUUGGGGCGCCAUUUUUGUCGGUGAGAGAGCACCUAAGAACCGGUGUGUCCAUCUGUGAGCAGUGGGUAGCAGCUUGCGAGCAUUUGACUGGGCAGGUAUGGAAAAGACAUGCUCCACAUCCCUGGAGAGGAAACAACCACUGUCCACAAAGCCUUCACUGUCUCGUGAAAAGGCUGACUGAGGUAGUGACUCUACGAAUGGUUCAUGAGAAACUGCUGGGUUUGCUGCCAGGAGGGAAGCAGAAGGCUCUGACUUCAGAUUGUGUAUUUGAGCCUUUCUCUGGGCUCAACCCACUGCAUUACAACCCUUAUACCGAGCCUCUUUGGAAAGCUGCAGUGGCUCAGUUCGAGCGCCUAAUAGCACCCUCUGAGCAGGAGGUUGCAGGCAGAUUGAAAAGCUACAUUGCGGAUGUGCAGGAAAGCCCGCAACAGCUGCUGCAGGUGUUCCAGAAACAUAAGGAGUUGAUCAGACGUCCCACAAUCAGCAAAGAGCUGCAGUCAGAAAGAGAAACGCUGCUGGCUAAACUCCUAGAUUACAACAAGGGCUUGAGGAGUGACUUUGAAAACCGUUGCCAUGGAGAACCUGGAGAUAAAUCUGGCCCUUUCAUGGGCAAGAACCUUCCUGAAGUGGUCAAUAAAAUAGUUUGGGUGCGACAGCUGUUACAUAAGGUUGAAGACUCUGUUCGCAUAGCAGAAUCCCUGCUUUCAGACCUGCCUGGGUUCAAGGGUUUCCUGCAUUUCUGUGAUGAUCUGCUUGAACUCCUGAGGUCUUAUGAACAAGAACAAUUUGAGGAUUGGUCAAGAGAUAUACUUUCUGGAUUGGCUGAUCCAAAGUCUGGCAUCAGUCUUCAGGCCAGUGACCGUGUAAUGGACCUGGACCAUGUGGACGGCAGGCUGAAAAUCCAGUAUUCAGACAGACUGGUCACUCUGCUCAGGGAGGUCAGACAGCUCUCUGCUUUUGGCUUUCCCAUUCCAGCCAAGAUACAACAGGCUGCUAAGACAGCGGACAAAUUCUACAGACAUGCCAUUGUCCUCAAGCAGGUGGCCCAUUUCUACAACACCAUUGAUCAGCAGAUGAUUCCCUCUCAGAGACCCAUGAUGUUAAGUCUUGCACUUGCCUUUGAGCAGGUCAUCAAGAAUCCUCGUUCCCAGUCAAAGGAAGUGGGCGGUAAAGUGCAGAUCACCUGGGAUAACCCAAAAGAGUUAGAGGCUUACAUUGCUAAACUGCAGUCUUCUGCAGAGAAGCUCUCCACCGAAAACAGGAAGUUAAGAAAAUGGCACACCGACUUCAUUGACAAGGUGGUGACACUAAUGAAUGUCGACCUACUGAGACACCAGCAACGGUGGAAGGAUGGCCUGCAGGAGCUCCGUACUGGCUUUGCUGCUUUGGAGGCCCAGGGCUUCAGGUCUGAUGACAUGCGGGCAUGGCGUGGGCACUGGAACCAUCAGCUCUACAAGGCUUUAGAGCACCAGUAUCAGACUGGGCUCGAAGCUCUGAACAAGAACUUGCCUGAAAUUCACAUAGACCUCAUUUUCAAGCAGGGCCGUUUACAGUUCCGUCCACCAUUUGAGGAGGUACGAGCACGAUACUUCAGGGAGAUGAAGCGUUUCAUCUCAAUCCCAAACCAAUUCAAAGGGGUCAGCGUCCAGGGGGAGGAGCUUAUCUUCAGCAUUAUGAUUGAUCGAAAUGCUGCUGGCUUCCUCACCAUUUUCACCAAAGCCGAGGACCUUUUUAACCGCCUGCAGACUGUGCAGCUCAAGUUCAAGGAGUGGGUGGUGCUUGGUCAAGUGGAUUUAGAAAAGUUAGCGGAGAAGCAUCUGAGUUCUGUCCAAGACUGGGAGACAAAUUUCAAAGCCCUGAAAGCAAGAGGAAAAGAAUCGGAACGUCUACCCAGUCAAGAAAAAGUAGACUGCAUUACAGUCAACUGUGAGCCUGUAAAAACUGUCAUUGAUGACCUGAUCCAAAGGCUGUUCGACAUACUGCUCUUAUCACUUAGGAGGUCUAUCCAAGGACACAUACAGGCCAUAGAUAGUUUUGUGUCUGAAUCAAUGGAGGCUCUGUCCACACGGCCAGAAAGCAUGGAAGAAAUUGGUGUGGUCAAGGGCAAAUACAGCCAGAUAUUCACCGGCAAGCCUGAAAUCUUGCCUCAGUUCCAGUGUGCUGAGGAGAAGAACCGCCUCCUGCGGGCUGUUGCUGGGGUGGGCCUUGAGUCUCUAUCAUCACUGAGAGCCAAAUGGGAUAAACUGGAGCUUGUCAUGGAGAGCCACCAACUGAUGCUAAAAGAACAGGUUGAGGUGAUGCGAAGUCAUGCUGCAGGGCGUAUCAGUGCCUACAGGGCAGAUCUGGAGCGCUUUAAGGCCCGCUGGGAUCAGCUUAAACCCAAGGAUGAGGUGCUGGAGACUGGUGAUCAUACUGAGCUGCUUGCAUGUCUUCAGACCAUCAGGGACAAACAACAGGAGUUUCAGGAGCUUGAGCUUGUGCGCAAUAAACUGCUAGAGGAUAGCAGCUAUUUUGAUCUGGAGCCUCCAGAUUUUUCUCUGGCGGAAGAAACUAAAAGAGACAUGGAGGAGUACAGCCAGAUGUGGGGACUGUAUGAGGAGUGGCAGCAGGGCUUCACAGAGAAGGCCCAUGAGGACUGGAUCACAUUUAGGACUAGGACGUAUCUGUUUGAAGAGUUUCUGUUUACGUGGCAGGACAGAUUAAGGAAAUUAGAGAAACCCACUGUCAUGUCUGUCAAACUGCAAGCAGAAGUGGACAAAUACAAGAACAUGAUGCCUGUGCUGAAAUAUGUACGUGGGGAGCAUCUGUCGCAGGACCACUGGCUGGACAUGUUCCGGCUGCUGGGUCUCCCACGAGGGACCACCUUAGAGAGGCUGAUCUUCAGCGACCUUCUCGGAGUGGCAAAUACCAUCACAGAGAAAGCACUGGAGCUCAAGGAUCUGAACAGUCGUGCUCAGGCAGAGGUGACUAUCAGAGAAGCUCUUCGGGAGCUGGAUUUGUGGGGAGCUGCCGCUACUUUCACCCUCACUGAGUACUCAGACAACAGUGGGCACACUCUCAACCUCAUAAAGGACUGGAAGGAUAUAGUGAACCAGGUGGGCGAUAACCGCUGUCUGCUGCAGUCUCUGAAAGACUCACCGUACUACCGCAGCUUCCAGGAUAAGGUCAGUCUGUGGGAGGUUCGUCUGUCAGACUUAGAUGAGUACCUGCUGAAUCUCAAUGCUAUUCAAAGGCGCUGGGUUUACCUGGAGCCAAUCUUUGGACGUGGAGCGCUGCCCCGAGAAGAGGCCCGCUUCAAACGUGUUGAUGAAGACUUCAGGUCUAUAAUGGCAGACAUCAAGAGGGACAGCAGAGUUGUUUCUUUGAGCGCAAGAGCAGGAAUCAGAAGCUCCUUGGUCACCAUACUGGAUCAGCUUCAGCGCUGCCAGAAGUCACUCAAUGAGUUCUUGGAGGAGAAGCGUUCUGCCUUCCCACGCUUCUAUUUCAUUGGAGAUGAUGAUCUUUUAGAGAUUCUGGGACAGGCAACCAAUCCAAGUGUGAUCCAGUCACAUCUCAAAAAGCUCUUUGCAGGGAUUCACAGUGUUUUGUUUGAUGAUCAGUGUGAACACAUUAUUGCCAUGUGUUCUUUGGAGGGGGAAGUAGUGCAACUCAGAAACGUUGUACGCAUCUCCAAUCAUGUUGAGGCAUGGUUAAGUGAACUGUCCGUGGAAAUGAAGGAGACUUUGAAGCAGCUGCUGUAUGAAUGUUUGCUGGCAGGGAGGAAAGGGGAGGUGGACCCCUCACGGUACCCAUCACAGAUUCUUUGUCUGGCUGAGCAAAUCCAGUUUACCGAAGAUGUGGAGAAAGGGAUAAAAGAUAAAAAUUUGCAGCAGCUGGAGCUUGAGCUGAAUAGCAAAUUGGAGCAUUACACUACGGUGGACACCAGCUCUGAUGAGCAGCCUAACGCAGAAUCCAGCAUCCUGCAGCUGAAACUGAAAGCCUUGAUCCUGGACAUUAUCCAUAGCAUCAGUGUUGUGAAGCAACUUAAUCAGGCAGGUGUUGCCAGCACUGAUGAAUGGAUCUGGAAGAAACAGCUCCGCUUCUACAUGGGACCAGACAAAUGCUGCCACAUUCAAAUGGUGGAUGCACAGUUCAGCUAUACCUAUGAAUACCAGGGGAAUGCAGCUAAGCUGGUGCACACUCCACUGACUGAUAAGUGCUACCUCACUCUGACCCAAGCCAUGAAGAUGGGGCUAGGGGGGAACCCAUACGGGCCUGCCGGCACAGGCAAGACUGAGUCAGUCAAAGCCUUAGGGGGGCUGUUCGGGCGCCAGGUGCUGGUAUUCAAUUGUGAUGAGGGUAUCGAUGUGAAAUCAAUGGGACGAAUAUUUGUGGGGUUGGUGAAAUGUGGAGCGUGGGGCUGCUUCGAUGAGUUCAACCGUCUAGAGGAGGCUGUUUUGUCUGCAGUUUCCAUGCAGAUUCAGGCCAUUCAAGACUCCCUUAAACACAAAAAAAACACAUGUGAACUGCUGUCGAAAGAGGUGAAUCUGGACCCAAACUCUGGAGUGUUCAUCACUCUGAAUCCAGCAGGGAAAGGCUACGGAGGCAGACAGAAGCUUCCAGACAACCUAAAGCAGCUGUUCAGACCAGUGGCCAUGAGCAGACCAGACAAUGAACUCAUUGCUGAGGUCAUUCUCUACUCCGAGGGCUUCAAAAAUGGAGAAAUUUUGGGACGCAAAUUGGUGGCCGUCUUCAACCUUGCCAGGGAGUUGUUGACACCCCAGCAGCACUAUGACUGGGGUCUGCGCGCUCUGAAGACGGUGCUGAAGGCCUGUGGCAGUCUCCUGCAGCAACAGAGGAGAACUCUUGACAAGAAUAAGGCUCAGGAGAGCAGUCUGGUGGCUCAGGCGUUGAGAGUGAACACCAUGUCCAAGCUGACAUUUGCAGACAGCUCUCGUUUUGAUGCUCUGGUGAGAGAUGUCUUUGCUGGGGUUGAUUUCACCAACGUGGACGACCAGAUACUAAUACAUGCUUUAGAGCAAGUCUACAAAGAGGCGCAACUUGAACUAAUACCCAGCCAGCUGAAAAAGGCCCUGGAGCUUAAUGAACAGCUAAGACAGCGUAUGGGUGUUGUUAUUGUUGGGCCAAGUGGAGCUGGCAAAUCCACACUCUGGAGAAUGCUCAGGGCUGCUCUGGGCAAGACAGGCAAAGUGGUGAAGCAGUACACGAUGAAUCCCAAGGCCAUGCCCAGACAGCAGCUUUUGGGACAUAUAGACAUUGACACCAGAGAAUGGGCUGAUGGCGUUCUCACACACAGUGCUCGGACUGUGGUCAGAGAACCUCAGGAGGUGAACUCCUGGAUCGUGUGCGAUGGUGACAUUGAUCCAGAGUGGGUUGAAAGUCUCAACUCCGUCCUUGACGACAAUAGGCUUUUGACCAUGCCAAGUGGAGAGCGGAUCCAGUUUGGUCCCAACGUUAACUUUCUGUUUGAGACUCACGACCUCAGCUGUGCCUCACCAGCUACCAUCUCCCGCAUGGGCAUGAUCUUUCUCAGUGAUGAAGACAUUGAUGUUGGUGCUUUGGUGAAAUCCUGGUUGAGGGGCCAGCAAGAAGACUGCCGCAGUAACCUUGAAAACUGGCUUGGUGAUUACUUCCAAAGAGGUCUGGACUGGGUCUUCAAACAGAAUGACUUUGUGGUGGAAACUAGUCUGGUGGGUACAGUGUUCAAUUCUCUAUCUCACCUCAAUGCUGUGACGGAAAGAGGAGAGUUCAUCAUUGGACUUCUGAGAGGCAUGGGGGGAAACCUCAAUUUCAAAACACGGCAGGAAUUUGCAAAGGAGUUGAUCAGCUGGGCGAGGGAAAGCCCACCAGAUCCCAGGAAACCGCUCAAUACCUACUAUGAUUCUGACAGCGGCAAUCUCGCCGCAUAUACUUUCCAGCGUCCUGAGGGUCUCUCACUGGAAGAGUUCUCCCACACACACAUGCUACCUGUAAUAGAGACUCCCGGUAUGCUGAGAGGUUUGCAUGGUUUCUCCCUGUGGCUCACAGCUCAGCAUAGACAGCCCUUCAUGGUGGUUGGCCCCGAAGGCUGUGGAAAAAGCAUGCUCCUGCGUUAUGCCUUCUCCCGGCUGCGUUCUACCCAAGUUGCUGUGGUUCACUGCAGUGCCCAGACCUCAUCUCGUCAUGUGCUCCAGAAGCUCAGCCAGACAUGUCUGCUGCUCAGCUCAAAUACCGGCCGAGUGUUCAGGCCCAAGGACUGCGAGAACCUGGUCCUUUACCUAAAAGACAUCAACCUACCAAAACCUGACAAAUGGGGAACCAGCAACCUCAUUGCCUUCCUUCAGCAGGUGUUGACAUAUAAGGGAUUCUAUGAUGAAAAUCUUGAGUGGGUUAGUCUUGAGAACAUUCAGGUGGUGGCCUCCAUGUCAUCAGGCGGCGCUGUCGGCAGCCAUUUGCUCACCUCCCGCUUCACCUCGAUCGUACGCAUCUGCACCAUAGACUAUCCAGACAAAGAUCAGCUGCAGAACAUCUAUUCUGCUUAUCUACAACCGGUUCUCCAGCAUAGCCUGGGCAGCCAGGCUGCUUGGGCCAGCACUGGGAAAACACACCAGCUUUCUGGGUCUCUUGUUCAGCUUUAUGAACAGGUGAAGGCUAAGUUUACUGUAGAUGACCACAGCCAUUACCUCUUUACCCCGUGCAUCCUCACAGACUGGGUCCUCAGCCUUCUUCGAUAUGACCUCACUGCUGCCCAAUCUAAUUUGACAGACAGCGUUUUGGAGGUGGUGGCAUACGAGGCCAGGAGGCUGUUCAGAGACCGGCUAGUUUCCUCCAAAGACCUUCACACCUUUGAUAAUAUCAUCUCGUCCAUCAUACGAGGAGACUGGGGCUCUGACGCUCUGGAUCACAUGACUGAUGGAUUCUAUGUGACAUGGGGGGCCUCUGAAGGAGCUGUAACAGCUCCAGGUCAGCCUCUGCCUCCUCAUGGAAAACAACUGGGUCGUCUGGACUCUGCUGAUUUAAGACAAGUUAUACAGAAGGCGGUAGUGCUGUACAGCCGUGAUAACAAAGAGCUGGACCUUCUCCUGUUCUGGGAGGUGUGUGACUUCGUGUCCAGGGUCGAUCGCGUUCUGAGCCGACCUGGUGGCUCGCUGCUUCUGGCGGGGCGGAGUGGAGUGGGUCGCCACACAGCCGCAAGCCUUGUGGCCCACAUGCAUGGAUACACUGUGUUCACGCCCAAAAUCUCCCGUGUUUACAGCCAUAAGCAUUUCAGCAAUGAUCUGAAGACGGUGAUGCAACUAGCAGGUCUGGAUGGCCAACAGGUGGUUUUACUGUUGGAGGAUUAUCAGUUUGUCCACCCGGCCUUCUUAGAGAUGGUGAACAGCCUGCUGUCAUCAGGGGAAGUUCCUGGUCUGUAUACCCCAGAAGAACUUGAGCCUUUGCUCUCAUCACUCAAAGAUGCCGCCUCCCAUGAUGGAUUUACAGGACCUCUCUACAACUACUUUUCCUUCAGAAUCCAACAGAACCUUCACAUUGUCCUGAUCAUGGACUGCUCCAACUCCAGCUUCACCAUCAACUGUGAGAGCAACCCAGCGUUUUACCGCAAGUGUUCUGUCCAGUGGAUGGAAGGAUGGUCAGAGAGCAGCAUGAAGAAGAUUCCUGAGCUACUUCUGGCUAAAACAGAACAAGGAAAUGGACAAAAUGAAAGUGAAAAUGCCCUGAAUAGGACAAGCUCAGGGUCUGAGAAGGGAGAUCUGUGCCGUUUGUUCCUAAUGGUCCAUGAGUCAUGCAGAGAACAUGGUGCCACACCAAGUCAGUACCUGGCCUUUCUGCAUGUUUACACAGCUUUAUACAACCGGAAGCAAAGCCAGCUUACACAAAGGCAACAACAUCUGCAGGCGGGGGUGUCAAAGCUGAACGAAGCAAAAGCAUUGGUGGAUGAUUUGAAGAGGCGGGCUGCAGAGCAGAGUGCCCUGCUGAAGACAAAACAGCAGGAGGCGGAUGCUGCCCUGCAAGAAAUCACCACCUCCAUGCAGAAUGCCAGUGACCAGAAGACGGAAAUGGAGAAAAUUAAAGGGAAAAUGGCUCAAGAAGUGUCAAAGAUUGAAGAGAGAAAAGCAAACAUUGAUGAUGAGUUAAAGGAAGUACAACCUCUGGUUGAUGAAGCAAAGCGUGCAGUUGGAAACAUCAAGCCUGAGGCUCUGUCUGAGAUCCGCUCUCUCCGCAUGCCCCCUGAUGUCAUCAGAGAUAUCCUAGAGGGUGUUCUUAGACUAAUGGGCAUCUUUGACACCACUUGGGUCAGCAUGAAAAGCUUUCUGGCAAAGCGUGGCGUGAGGGAGGACAUAGCCACAUUUGAAGCAAGAAACAUCACUCCUGAGAUCCGCCGGAGUGUGGAAGAGCUACUCAACAGGAACAAGGCCUCCUUUGACCCCAAGAAUGCAAAGCGUGCCAGUGCUGCAGCUGCCCCUCUGGCUGCCUGGGUCAAAGCCAACGUCCAGUACUCCUUCGUCCUCGAGAGAAUAGAGCCACUGGAAAGAGAGCAAGCUGGUCUAAUGGAAAACCUCAGAAAAACAGAGAGCAGGAAGAACAAACUGGAGGAUCAGCUUAACAGUGUUGGAGCGAAAGUCAACAAGUUAAAAGAGAAAUUUCAGUGUCACACAGCAGAGGCUGCUAAGCUGGAGGCUGAGGUGACAAAAGCUCAGGACACGAUCACUGCAGCCCAGCAGCUCAUAUCACAACUGGAUGGAGAACACACACGCUGGAAUGCACAGAUGUCUGAGAUUAAGAAUGAGUUGGAUACACUCCCUACCAGGGCUCAGCUUGCUGCAGCCUUCAUCACCUAUCUGUCUGCUGCGUCUGAAGACCGGAGAAAACACUGUCUGGAGACAUGGAUGGCUCAGUCUGGACUACAGAAGUUUGACUUGCGGUCGUUUUUGUGUUCGGAGAGUGAGCAGCUGAUCUGGAAGAGUCAAGGGCUGCCAUCAGAUGACCUCUCCAUGGAAAAUGCACUUGUUAUACUUCAGAUCAAUGCAUUAAAGAUACAGAGCGUCGCCUGUCCAUUCCUGAUCGAUCCAUCUUCCCGAGCUACAGAGUGGUUAAGCACACAUCUCAAAGAGCAUAGACUAGAGGUUAUUAACCAGCAGGAUAACAACUUCAUGACAUCCCUGGAGCUUGCUGUCAGGUUUGGAAAAACUCUCAUCAUCCAGGAGAUGGACGGUGUUGAACCUGUUCUCUAUCCACUGCUGAGGAGGGAUCUCAUAGCACAGGGUCCAAGAUAUGUGGUGCAGAUCGGCGAUAAGGUCAUUGAUUACAACGAGAACUUCCGUCUCUUCCUUGCAACACGGAAUCCCAGUCCCUUCAUCCCUCCUGAUGCUGCUUCUGUGGUUACGGAGGUCAACUUCACUACCACCAGGGCAGGCUUGCGGGGACAGCUGCUAGCAUUAACCAUCCAGCAGGAAAAGCCAGAACUGGAGACCGAGAAAACAAGACUGCUGCAACAAGAAGAGGAUAAAAAGAUACAGUUGGCUCAGCUGGAGGAGUCUCUGUUAGAGACUUUGGCUACAGCUCAAGGUAAUAUACUUGAGAACAGGGAGCUUAUAGACAGUCUGAACCAGACCAAGGCAAGCAGUGCCCUGAUCCAGGAGUCGCUGGUGGAAUCACACAGACUACAAGCAUCCUUAGACCAGGAGCGGGAUGCCUACCUGCCCCUCGCAGAAAGUGCUAGCAAGAUGUAUUUUGUUAUCACAGACAUGUCAAAGAUCAACAACAUGUAUCGCUUCAGCCUUGCUUCUUUUCUGCGCAUCUUCCAAAGAGCUCUACAGGCCAAGAAGGAAGAAGAUAAUACAGAAGCGAGGAUUGCAGCUUUGCAGGCCAACUUGAAGAAUAUGGUGUAUGAAUACGUCUGCCGGUCGCUUUUCAAGGCCGAUCAGUUGAUGUUUUCUAUGCACUUUGUGAAGGGCAUGUACUCUGAACUCUUCCAGGAGAAUGAAUGGGAAGUAUUCAUCGGAUCUAUUGUUGGAGAAAUGUUUAAGAAAGAGGAGUUCCCUGCCUGGGUUGAUCAGGAGAGACAUGGAGCGCUGGCCAUUUUGAAAUCAACAUUUCCAGCUCUCUACCAGACCCUGUGUUUGAGCGACUCAGACCUUUGGCUGUCCUUCUUGCAAAGCUCUCAGUGUGAACAGGAAAUUCCAUCCUCCAUUGCCAAGAAAAUUAGUCUCUUCCAGCAGCUUUUAUUGGUCCAGGCAGCCAGACCUGACCGGCUGCAGAGUGCAAUGACUGCCUUUGCCUCCCAUGCUCUCGCAAUCAAAGAGCUCUCCCCCCCUCCUCUGAAUCUGCGGCGUCUCUACACUGAGACAAUGGAGUGGGAGCCAGUGUUAAUCAUCAUCUCUCCGGGGGCAGACCCAUCCCAGGAGCUAGCAGAACUAGCAGCAGAAACUGUUGGCAGGGACAACUAUCAUGAGAUCUCCAUGGGUCAGGGACAGGCUGAUGUGGCCUUAGCCACACUCAGGGAAUGUUCUCGAAAUGGAGACUGGCUGUGCCUGAAAAAUCUUCAUCUAGUCACCGCCUGGCUGCCCCUCCUGGAAAAAGAACUGAAUGUGCUGCGUCCCAAAGCAAGCUUCCGUCUCUGGCUGACAGCAGAAGUUCACCCCAGGUUUCCUCCCAUUUUGCUGCAGUCCAGCCUUAAGAUCACUUAUGAGGCUCCUCCAGGGUUGAAAAAGAAUCUGCUGAGAACAUAUGAGUCCUGGACUUCAGAGCAGAUCAGUAAAGGAGGUAAUCUCACCAGAGCCCAAUCUCUUUUCUGCCUGGCUUGGUUCCAUGCUGUUUGUCAAGAGAGACGGAACUACAUUCCACAGGGUUGGACUAAGUUUUAUGAGUUUUCUUUGUCGGACCUCCGUGCUGGCUUUGAGAUCAUUGACAGGCUUUUUGAAGGUGGUAAAUUUUUCCAAUGGGAGUUUGUUCACGGCCUGUUGGAGAGUGCCAUCUACGGCGGGCGAAUCGACAAUCCCUCUGACCUCAGGAUUUUGCGCUCCUACCUUGAGCAGUUCUUCUCUGCACGGCUCCUUUCAUCAUCCCUUUCGGCUGGACAGAGGAGAGGCAAGGGAGGAGCACGUAUUUUUCCACCACAAAUCAGCCUCCCAAACUCCUGCUCCAUAUUGGACUACCGCAGUGUAAUAGAGAAUCUCCCAGAGGAUGACAGGCCUGCAUUCUUUGGUCUACCCGCCAACAUAGAGAGAUCCUCACAGAGAAUCACCAGCUCACAGGUAAUAUCCCAGCUGCGAAUCCUCAGCCGCUCAGUGGCAACAGGUUCUAAGUUUGAUCGGGAGCUCUGGUCCAAUGGCCUUUCACCUAUCCUCAAUUUAUGGAAGAAACUCAACCAGGGUUCUACUUUGAUCCACCAGAAGGUGGACCCACCUGCAGAUAGUCAGAAGUCACCGGUCUUGUCGUUUAUUGGUCUGGAGCAGUUCAAUGCCAUCCGCUUGGUCCAGAAUAUCCACCAGUCUCUGGCAGCACUGAGUAAAGUCAUCCGAGGAACCCAACUUUUAACCCCGGAAGUCCAGAAACUGGCCACAGCACUGCUUAAUCAAGAGUGUCCCAUAACAUGGCAGAAUAAAUGGGAAGGACCAGAGGAGCCUAUGCAGUACCUCAGAGCUGUCGUAACUCGGACUCUCGCCAUCCAGAGCUGGGUGGAGCGAGCAAGUAGAGAAGCUCUUCUUUCCGACAUCCUUGAUUUAUCCGAUCUCUUCCACCCCGAUACCUUCCUCAACGCUUUGAGACAGGAAACGGCCAGGUCCAUGGGCUGUUCGAUGGAUAACCUGGUGUUUGUGUCAUCCUGGAGAAGUCAUAUUGCUCAGGCCAAACUACAAGUCAAGAUUGGAGGUCUCCAAUUGGAGGGUUGUCGUUUUGAUGGACUCCAUGUUAGUGAGAACCAGCAUGACUCUCCCAGUGUGUCCGCUGUCCCUCCAUGCUACAUGGCCUGGGUUCCAAAGAGCUCUGCUGUCGACCCCACUGCAUCAGAGGACAGUAUCUGGCUGCCACUGUACACCAGCUCAGAGAGAGUGAAGGUGGUCACACACGUCUCCCUGCCCUGUGGAGCCAACCCCAGCCAGUGGAUACAGACAGGAGCAGCUCUCUUUCUCAAACAGCAGUGACAGGUUUCAUCUUGAAAUCAACCAUGUUCAUAUAUGGGUGUUGUUGUUUUCUUUUUUUUUUCUUAAGAAUGCUUUAAAAGUUGUUAAAUUCCAGAAAAAAACUACUUUUUUACUGAGGUUUUUAUACUAUUGAAAGAAUUCAUAAGCCUUAGUUUUAGGCAAAAGUGAUAAAGAACUUUGCUCAAGUACUUUAAUGUAAAGUGAGUACUUUGUCUUUCUCUCGUAGAGCAGACUGCAAUAGCUGAAUCGUGAAUAUUACAUAAACUGUUUUACACGCUGUAACAACCCUGAUAGGUCAUUGCUCUCUUACUACUCAAAAGUGGUAUAUUUUGUGAAAUACUUUGAAAUGAUAUACCAGCAGUUUUUGAUAUUCAUAGCACAGCGUUAUUUUACACUUAUUUUUCAGAAUGCUUAAAGCAUAAGUGUUUGCUGUACGGUGAUUUUGUUCGUCUGUGCUUAUUUAUUUAAAAUAAACAUGAAAUAAAU